GAAGAAGCUAUGUUGUGUUUUUAGCAUUAUGACUGCUCAACUUGAAACUGGACACUCUACAACGUAUAGCUUGGUCAGUUUGACUCGGACAUGUUUGAUACUUGGCAAGCUGGCUGCACCUGAAUAAACUGAACCCAGCGGACCGCAGCCUGUGUCCUCUAGUUGGUGCUUUGUUCGAAUCACAAGCUCUUGUCGCUGUGAACUUGCAGCUCGGCUAGCUUGCUUCCCUCAGCUAAAGCUAACUCUGCUAACUCAACAGUGGCUGAGGAGAAAAACCAGCCACACUGUCAGCUGGAUCUCCAGUUCACCCCCGUGAGUAUUGCUGCUGAAUCAGAGGCUGUCUCCUGCUGGUACAACAGGAUGCUGUGUUUGCAGACAUGGUCAGAGACAGGUGGGAUCUGAGGACACAGGAAGUUGAGGUGGAGCUGAGUAGCGAUCGGGAGUGACAAGGACUCGGGGCAGGGGGGGGGGCUCAUGUCUACUUUGUAAGCCUUCACUGUGGAGAACACUUCAGCAUGGUGAAGACCACAAAGAUGGAGCUGCUGAGAGCGCUUGUCAGUGAGUGCUUGUCCGCAGCCGCGCAGGAGAUCUUCAAGAUUGUAGAAAGAACCAUCAUCGAGUACGAAGAGGAAAUGUCCUGUUCAAAGUGGGUGGUGGACAGCCACCGCAGGCUGCUGGAUGUUGCCAGUUCACACAGCGAAGACUCUCUCCAGAUGUCUGCCACAGAUGUGAAGAUGCAGUCUGGUCAACAGCAGCCUGCUGCCAGCGUGAACAUCAGUGUGAGCUGGAAAUCAGAAAACGUCACAUCAGAGCCGAUGGAAGACAGUCCCAACAUGAACAACACUCAUUCAGACUCCUCUCCUGCCAGUGAUAAUGAUCAAAGUGACCAGGAGAUACUGGUCGAUAUAGGAGAUGAUGAUGUGAAGCAGGAGUUUGACCUGAGCUUGCCUUUGCAUAUUCUCAAAGUGAAGAAACCGUUCAAAUGUCCCAUUUGCUUGGCCGAUUUUUCUUCCAAAAAGACGAUGGUACGACACCUCAAAAGGCAUCCGGAGGACAAAUCCUCAUCGUACCAGUGCCAGUUCUGUGACCGCAGCUACUGCCACAAAUCAGAAUUCAUCAUUCAUGCCAGGACACACAAAGGCACCAAACCAUACAAGUGCCAAGACUGCGACAAAAGCUUUGAGCAGAGGGACACUCUGCUACUUCACAGGCAAAAACACACUGAGGAGAAACCAGAUCAGUGUUUUAGUGAAAAGGAGGAGGCAGAUGUUUACCUGACACCUGGCAGGAAGAUUGGAGAAGACCUGGACUCCAGACAGGCAGAGUCUGUCAUUAAGACAUUUCCUCUCACUAUCGCUCCCUAUGAUAAGAGUGAGUUUGAUCAGGAGUCUCUGCAGCCCCUGUGUCUUUACCAGAUUCAGACUGUUGCUGAUAUCGAUAAAGAGGCCUCGACUGCAGCUCCAGCUGAUCGCAUUAAAACUGAGCCAGCUGGAGCCGACGGUGGACUGUCAGACAACACCACCGAUGAUCAGCUGUUCCUUUCGGUGAAUCCAGGCGAACAGGCUGGAGGUGAGACGGAGCCCAAACAUCUCAGCAUCAAAAACCUCCUGCCAAGGAGACCUUCAGGAAAAUCCACCGAGCUCAUCAUUCAGUUCGAAGCAGGGACGGCACAGAAACCCUACAAGUGUCCUUGUUGCACCAAAUGUUUCUCCUUGACUAAGACUUUAAUAAGACACGUCAAGAUCCACACAGAAGACAAAACGUAUCAGUGCCCGUUUUGUGGGAGAAACUUCUGUCAGAAGUCGGACCUGGUCAAUCAUACAAGGAUACACACAGGAGAGAGACCAUACCAGUGCCAAGAAUGUCACAAGUCUUUUGCCCAGAAAGGCAACCUGAUGGUUCACAUGAAGAAGCAUGCAGGAGAGAAAUCGUAUCAGUGCCAGCUGUAGCUAUAGUCACAAGUCAUCCUUUGAACGUCACACGCAGAGGCGCACACAGUAUGUGGAGUUUGCAGGGUCAUUUUUUGGUACUGAAAUGUGUCUGUAGCUAGUCAAGAACCUUUUGUGAACCUAUCACGUUCUUUCAUCGUAUAGCUGUGAUUUAAAUCAGAUGUUUGCCAGCUGACAAAGGUCAUAACAGCAAUGCAGUCAUUUUUUAAAAUAGCUUUUAUGUUGAGAUCACAAAUCAUUUAUUAAUUUGUACAGCCCAAAAUCACAAUCACAUUGCCACGGUGGGUUUUACAAUCUGUACAGUAAACAGCAUUCUCUUUCCCAAGAAAAUUUGCCA